AUGCGAGCUCAACAUUUUCAGGCGCAUCAUCUGGCAUUGUCAUAUUUUUAUGCAACGCCUUGCAGCAUAUUUCUACCUCGAAUCCUUUACAUUGUCCUGAAUUUACCCAUAUUCUCCGUACUCAUUAUUUCUCAAUUCAUGCAGUUCUCUAUAGUGGUUGAACGAUGGUUUGCAACAAUUUUUAUUGGUAACUACGAGUCAGGUUACCGGAAACUUGGACCGGCAUUAAUUGCCGCAACAGUACUGGCGACUGCUUGUGUUCUUUUUGCUAUAUAUUAUAAUGAAAGUUUCAACGGAGCGCAUUUAAACGCUCGUUGGUUGACAGCAAUCAAGGAUGCAGCUCGAGCAAACGUGGCUCUGUUUUCACUAGUGAUAGUGAACUUUCUUGGUCUCGUUCUUACCGCGACAUUGCGUUAUCUAAAUCCAAAGCGACGGAUCAGUAUGUCAUUGUCGUCGAAGUUUCAAGCUACCGAAAUUUCAAUUGUAUCAAGUUUUCUAUUCUGGAUAUCCGCCUCUCAGUUCACGGCAUUAUUCUUUUCGCAAGCUAUACUUUUAUAUUUGAGGAUUUACGAAACUCAAAAUCCUCUGUCAAUCGCUUACAAGGAGAACGCCGACGUAGGUUGUAUGCUCGGGUAUAUAACAUAA